AAGAAUUGAGCCCUUAUAUGUAUUAGUAAACUCACGUCCUGUUAUAUUGUAAGAGUUGUAUGACUGCUUUAGGGUAACGGAGUGUUUGUGUUUGCUAACUUUUUGACCACUUUAUUUAAUCGCCUAUUUAAAAACAAAAUGAAACCUCUAAUGUUGCACGGGCACGAACGUGCCAUAACGCAAAUUAAAUACAAUAGAGAAGGAGACUUAUUAUUCUCCUCUAGUAAGGAUAAAAAGCCAAAUGUUUGGUAUUCUUUGAAUGGAGAACGCCUUGGAUCUUUCAAUGGACACAAUGGCUCAGUAUGGUGUAUUGACAUUAAUUGGGAUACAACACGAUUUUUAUCUGGAAGUGGUGACAAUUCACUAAGAGUUUGGGAUUGUCAAACUGGAAAAGAAAUAGGUUUGCUUCAUACAAACAGUUCAGUGAGAACAUGUAGCUUUAGUUAUUCAGCAAAUCUUGCUGUUUACUCUACAGAUAAAGCUUUAGGACACCAAUGUGAAAUGUUUAUCAUUGAUAUCAAAAAUGUUGAUGCAGUAUUAUCACAAGCAGAUGCAAUUUCUAGAAUUGCUGUGAAUGGUCCCAAAAUCACUGCUAUCUUGUGGGGUGCAUUAGAUGAAACAAUUAUUACUGGCCAUGAAGAUGGUGAAAUCACUCUUUGGGAUGUUAGAACAAGAAAAAAGAUGACAAGUGUCAGAAGUCACAAAUCACAAAUAAAUGACAUGCAAUUCAACAAAGAUGGCACUAUGUUCGUGACUGCUUCAAAAGAUAAUACUGCUAAACUAUUUGACAGUGAAUCGUUAAUGUUAUUAAAAACAUACAAAACAGAAAGACCUGUUAAUUCUGCUACGAUUUCUCCAAUUUUUGAUCAUGUGGUUCUUGGAGGAGGUCAAGAUGCAAUGGAUGUCACAACAACGUCCACUCGUCAAGGAAAAUUCGAUUCUCGAUUUUUCCAUUUAGUAUUUGAAGAAGAAUUUGCACGUUUAAAAGGACAUUUUGGUCCAAUUAAUUCUCUAGCAUUUCACCCUAAUGGACGUAGUUUUUCAACAGGUGGAGAAGAUGGUUAUGUUCGUAUUAAUACAUUUGAUCAAUCUUAUUUUGACUUCCAUUUUGAAUACUAAUUUUAUGAAAUAAAAAUAAAUAUGUAUCAAUUAAA